UUGUGAACGUAUAGUAUUGCUUUAGAUAUUUAUAUAAAAACGUUUUACAGCACUGUUCCAAUCUUUUGACAUUUCUCUUUUGACGCGCCAAUUGUUUAAAAACAACCGUCAGUACCAAAGCAUUUUAGAUUUGUCGUUGAUUAGGCUUAUGUGAAAUUAAAUUAUGAGGCGUCAUAAUAAACCGGGACCAAAGUCUCGUACAAAAACAGUUUCAAUGGAUUUGGGUGAUACCGACACGGAUAACACAAGCAGUUUUUCGUCUGAUUUCCAGUCGCCGGAGAGAGCGUCUAGUCGAAUUCUAAAUGCAUCCCAAAGUAGAAGCAAUAUAUCUGUGCCCGCUGCAAGGAGGCUAUCACCUAGAAAGUCGGCCACAAAUCUUCAAAGCCAACAAUCUACAAUAACGAAGCCAACAGCAAGAAAAUCGACUGCAAGAAAUCAAAGUCAACAAUCAACAACGUCGAGAAGUGCUGCGGCUUCAAACGCGAGGGUAGAGUCUAGUCUGAAUAGAAGACCACGUAAAAGAAAUGCCCCUACUAAAUGUAUACAAGAUAUUGUGAGGUUGCAACAAACCGUGAACUUAUUGAUACCAAGGCUACCAUUUGGUCGUAUCGUCCGGGAAAUAAUGAUGGAAUGCUCCUCCUCUGUUGAUCGGAUAACGAAGGAAGCGCUAGAAGCUUUGCAAACAGCAGCCGAAAUGUACAUGGUUUCAAUAUGUUCGGAUGCGUACUUAUUGACGUUACAUCGAAAUCGUGUUACACUUAUGGUUAAAGAUGUAGAAUUAGUUAGUUUUUUACGCUCGAGUAUGAAUGUUUUGUAAUUAUUGUACAUUUUGCUUAUGAUAGUAUGAAGUGAAUAAUUAUUAUUUUAGUG